CAGAGCAGUGAAGCUGGUCACCGGAGCCCAAAGAAGAAGGAGGAGGAGCGCUGUCAUGGCGGCCAAGGUGGUGAUGGUGGCCGUCCCGGCGGUGCUGGGAAUAGCCUCCAUCCGUGUGUACACUGUGAGUGAAGCCCCCGCUGAUGGUCUGGUCACUCGAGAAAAGCUGAACAUCUACACCCCGCUGUCACAGUCCGCUGAGGUUCAGUUUGUUCCUGAGAGCCCGGGCAUUAUCGAGAGUGGGUUAACUGCAGCCAGAGAGGGCAUGCUGCCAUUUGCCCUGGCUGUAAAGGGUGCCUGUGUGUCUGUGAAAAGACAAAGUGUUAAUCUAUAUCAUUCAGGACAAGAUGUAUUCUAUUACCUGAAAGACCCUCCCCCAGGUUUUCUACCCAGAUUUGGCACCAUCACUAUGGCUGGCCUGCUUGGCAUGUUCUUGGCACGGAAAGGCUCUCGUUUCAAGAGGAUCGCUGUUCCACUGGGCUUGAUGAGCGCAGGAACGUCAGUGUGUUACCCAGCCCAAGCAGUGGCUGUGAUUAAGGUGACGGGUAGGAAGGUUUACGCUGCAGGGCAGUGGAGCAGUGCUGCUGUGUCUUCACUGCUCACCCCAAAGCCUCAGGAGCCUGUCGCCAAAGAGAUCAGUGCUUCACAGCCAGAGUCUGCCACAGUGUCCAGUCCAGAGUCUGCAGUGGUCGAAGCUUUGGAGGUCAGCUCCACCACAGACAGCAGCUCAUCCCAAAGUGCCACGAUACCAGAAACAGAGGUGGAAUCAGCAGAGUCUGUUCCUUCCUCUGAUGAACCCAUCGCUGCUGUCAUAACAAAAGAGGCAUCAUCUGUAACACUCACAGAGAUCUCCCCCGACCAGGCCCCGACAGAGACAAACACAGAUCCUGUGGUACAUUUAGUGCCGGCAGAAACCGAAGCCGCUCCUCCCUCCGAGGAACUACCUGCCUCUGUUGAAAACGAAGCGCCAUCAAAUACAAAACAAGCCCCAGAUGAGGUCUCAAAUGAAGCAAGCCCAGCUGAGUCCACGGGGAGCAUAGAGCCAGAGACGGGAGAGGCUUUCCCAGUCCAGUCUGCAGAGGGCGAGGUUGCUCCUUCCUCUGAAGAACUACUCGCCCCUGUUGAAAGCAAAGAGCCAUCGGACACAAAACAAGCACCAGAGGAUGUCUCAAAUGAAGCAAGCCCAGCCGAGUCCACGGCGAGCGUAGAACCAGAGACGGUAGAAGCUGCCCCUGUCCAGUCUGCUGAGGUUGAGGCUGAUCCUUCCACUGAAGAACCACCGGCUCUUAAGGCCUCAGAUGAGCCAGCAGGGCCAGUCAUUGAAUCAGCUGAGCCUGAGUCCACUGCUCAACCAGAGGUAGCCGACCAGCCUCCAGCUGCUGCUGUGGAGGAGACCCCCCCCACUCCUGAACAGCCUGCCGCAGAACCAAGCAAAGGGGGCUCUGGUUUCAAGCCAGACCCUUCUCUGAUGGACUUCGGCCAAUCCAACCCGGAGGAUGAAGACCUGUACAGCACACGCAGCUGAGACACCAGUGUUGGCCUCAGGAGAAAACCUCAUUCCCACACUGCCGUCUCAAGCAGACCGACAAACACUCUGUAACAUUAUGCAGUGUAAAUUGGCAUUUUGCAAGCGAGCCUAGUAAGGGAAGUUUUUCAUCAAUAUUUCCAUCCUCAGUUCUUCUGCCUACAUCGUUAAUAAUUCCACAGAUAACAGCCAAGUACAUUUGCAUUGCAAAUAGCAGCGAGCCAUGGCAGGCGGUUUAUGUGGAAGGACCGAAACCUGGAAAAAAUAUACACCCACAACUAUUUACAAGUCUUUUAGUUCACAGAUGGCAGAUUGAGAACAUUUCUCUCUGUUUGUGUCUUUAACUAUAACUGGCUUUUUGUGCUGCAGCUUCUACAGUCACGAGUGCAUGGUGCUUUUAUUUAUUGUAAUUUAGCCCACGGCAUUGGUUUGCUGGAAUUACUGCACAUGUGAUGGUAUCAUUUACAAGAUGGACUGAUGCUGUUCCGUUUUGUUGAAUCAAACUUCGUCUUCACUUGUUCAUUUUAAGAAGUCAGAAUAAAUCUAUAUUUUCUGGGA